AUGUUGCGAAAGAACCAUCGUAGUGUGAGCCACAGUGUUGAGAAGGACUGGGCUAACCCGUCAAAUGCCGACUAUAAGCAAUAUCCACCGGCGCACCAUGAUUACAACUACUCUCUCCUGGUUACAAAGUCGUUGGACAUCCUGACAAUCCUUGUUCCUCCAGCCUUGCCUGCUGUUAUGACGACAGGUCUCUUUCUGGCCCAACUGCGACUGAAAAAACAUGGUAUAUUUUGUAUCAAUCCCUCAGCCAUCAACAUCGCGGGAACGCUUAACACUGUUGUCUUCGACAAGACUGGCACCCUGACGGAAGACGAAAUGUCGGUCAAGGGCGUCUGGAGGUCUGGCAUCCAGCCAACGGAAUUCGAGGAGUUCUAUCAGCAGGAGUACCUUCUUGAGCCGUCUCAUGUGGAUGAG